AUGCGGAUGCGUGGUAUUAUUUAUGAAAUUGUAGUUGCUUAUUAUCAAGAUUCAAAUAAUGAUGAUAUUGGUGAUAUGCAGGGCUUAAGACAACGUCUCGAUUAUAUGCAAUCAUUAGGUAAAAAUAAUGGAAAAGAAUUACCAACAAAUUGGGUUGGUUCAUCAGGUCAGCAUAUGUGGACAUAUUCACCUGAACAAAAUAUGUAUUAUUUACAUCAAUUUCUUGAUUGUCAAUCUGAUUUAAAUUUUCGUAAUGAAAAAGUUAUUGAUGAAAUGGAAAAAAUCUUUCGUUUUUGGCUUGAUUUGGGUAUUGAUGGAUUUCGUGCUGAUGCUGUACGUCAUUUAAUAGAAAAUGAUCAAUAUCAUGAUGAACCUCUUCGUGAAGAUACAAAAGAUAUAGAUCCAAAUGUGAUAUAUGCAGAAUCAGCUGAUCAACCAGGUAGUUAUGAACUUGUACGAAGAUGGAGAAAAUUCUUAGGUAAAUAUGUAUAUGAAAAUAAUCGUGAUUAUAUUGUUCUAGUUACAGAGGCAUAUAUUCGAGAUGUAAAAACAGUAAUACGAUAUUUUGGUGAUAAUCGUGAAGACUAUGAUGAAGAUGAAAAACAUGGUUUAGAAUUAGAUAAAAUAUUAUCUGAUUGGCAAUCAAAUUUAUCCGAUUAUGCUUGGUCAAAUUGGUGUUUAGGUAGUCAUGAUAGUCAUCGAGUUACUUCAUGUCUUCCAUCAAAAGAACUUAUUAAUGGAUUUUAUAUGUUAAUUCUUCUACAAUCUGGCACAUCAUUAAUUUAUUAUGGAGAUGAAAUUGAUAUGCGUGAUCGUCCAUUUACACUUGCAAACCGUGAUGAGAUUGUUGAUAUGACUACAUUUAAUUAUGGAGAGAAAUAUUUUGAGAAAAUGAUACGUGAUCGUCAACGUAUACCUAUGCAAUGGACAAGUCAAGAAGUUCAUGCCGGUUUUACUUUUUCCAAAUCUAAACCGUUUCUCCCUUUAUCAGAUACAUGA